AUGAAUCAACAAAUAAAAUAUCAUGAAGAUUGUUGUAAAACAAAUAAACAAAACAAAAUCCGUAUCCGUUUUCCACUGAUGAGAGCAUGGGUGAUGUUGACCCCAGAAGAUAUGGUUAUUAGUAACAACAUCAAAACAAGUAAAAACACCAGAAAUAAAAAUGACUUGAAACAAAAAAAGACAAUAAUCAAUAAACAAACUAUAAAGAAAUCCGAUUUCAAACACGUUAUUUUAGAUGAAAAUUCUAACAAAAUCAGAAUACUCCAAUGGAAUAUCAAAGGAAUGAAAAGCAACUUACCUGAACUGCAGACCUUUUUAUCCAAGUACAAUCCACAUAUCAUAUGCCUCCAAGAAACUAAGCCAACGGAAAAAAAACAAAUGAAACUGAAAAACUUUAUGGCUUUCCAUAAACCAGUUAUUUCAACAAAAUUAAAUUCAUCAGCUGGAUUAUCGAUAUGUAAUCAUGACAAAAUUAUACAAUCUCCUGUUCAUACCAAUAUCCGUGACCUGCUGCCAGAGUGUCAGUGUAGGUUGGAGAUUUUUGCCGGAGUCAGAUUUUUUUUAUCUGAUUCAGAAAAAUACCCUGAGAGGGUCUAUGUAGAGUGGCGGAUCCCGGCCAGGAAAGACUCCGCCGAGGUGAAGGCUCGGGUGGAUAUUCGUAUGCGGACGCGGUUCGGGACCGCGUGGUGCGGAAUUCGAAUGCCGCCCGGCCAAAAUCUACAAUAG